GCCCCGCCACAUGUGGGAGCUGCCCUGCAGGAGCCACGUGCACUGUUGCUUUCGGCUUCAUUCCAUAUUGCAUCUGCCCUCCCGGCUAUGGCAUGACCAGCACUGGCUGCAUCAGCGGCGCCACCCCCACCGUCUCCUCCACCAGCAUCACCUUCUAUGACCAGCCAAGCUACACCAUCACGACCAACACCUUCACUAUGCGCCUUGAAUUCAACGCCUGCACCACCCUCCCUGCCUCGGCUGCCUCUGAAGUCUGGUCGACUUUGCGGCUCGACGGGGCUCCUGGAGGGGUGGGGGAGUGUGUGAGUUUGAACCAGUACGAGCAGGAGGGGUGCGCUGGAGCGUACACAUCGUCUCCCAGCGCUUCGGACGGAACCAGCAUGGCCGGCUUGGGUUUCACCAAGUAUCUCGGGUACCCUUACCGCUCCUUCAGCUGCAAUGGUAUUGCUCUGUUGGUGAGUGCAGUUGUGUUGGUGAGUGCUGCUGUGUUGGUGGGUGCUGCUGUGUUGGUGGGUGCUGCUGUGUUGGUGGGUGCUGCUGUGUUGGUGGGUGCUGCUGUGUUGCUGGGUGCUGCUGUGUUGGUGGGUGCUGCUAUGUUGGUGGGUGCUGCUGUGUUGGUGAGUGCUGCUAUGUUGGUGGGUGCUGCUGUGUUGGUGGGUGCUGUUGUGUUCUCUCAAACCUACCUAGUGCUCCCAUCCAUUCCCUCGUAG